AUGCAGCAGUGCGAAACCAUCCUGUGCCUGUCGGUCUACAUCAUCACGUUCGCCACGGGGCUGCCGUGCAACGUCCUGGCGUUCUACACGUUCAGCCGCAAGGUGUGGAGGAAGCCGGUGCCCAUCGACAUCCUCCUGCUCAACCUGACCGUGUCCGACCUGCUCUUCCUGCUCUUCCUGCCCUUCAAGAUGCAGGAGGUGGUGGACGGCAUGCGCUGGCACAUGCCCUACUUCCUGUGCCCGCUGUCCGGCUUCGCCUUCUACAUGACCCUCUACAACAGCACCUUCUUCCUGACCGCCGUGAGCGUGGAGCGCUACCUGGGCGUGGCCUUCCCCAUCCAGCACUCGCUACGGAGGCGGCCCGUGUACGCCGUGGUGGCCAGCGUCUUCCUCUGGGGGCUCUCCACGGUUCACCUGAGCAUCGUCUACAUCGUGCCCUACUACGACCCGGCAGGUGCGGGGCCUCCGCCCAGGAACGUGUGCUACGAGGAGUUCACCGACGCCCAGCUGCGCAUCCUGCUGCCCGUCCGCCUGGAGCUGUGCCUGGUGCUCUUCUGCAUCCCGUUACUCAUCUGCACCUUCUGCUACGUCAACUUCAUACACAUCCUGUCACGCCUGCCCAACAUCGGCCGGCGGAGGAGGCUGCGGGCCAUCGGGUUGGCGCUGGGCACGCUCCUGGUGUUCGCCCUCUGCUUCGGCCCGUACAACGUCUCGCACGUGGUGGGAUUCGUCACCCGCCGCAGCCCGGCCUGGAGGGACAAGGCGCUUCUGCUGAGCACCUUCAACGCCUGCCUGGACCCCAUCAUCUUCUACCUGUCGUCGUCCGCGGUCCGGAGCACGCUGGCGUCCAUGGCCGAGGGAGCCUGGCAUAAAAUAAGGACAGGCAGCCGCGCCCUGCUCUGCUGGAGGACUGGCAAAAGCGGGCACCAAGGGGCAAAAAACUCACUUCCCAACCAGGGUGAGAUCAACGCCGUCUGA